UCUGCAGAAUAUUUUAUCAGGUUAAAAUGGGUCCAUUGACUGUUUCCCCGAUGGGGUUUGGAACCUGGGCUUGGGGAAACCAGUUACUAUGGGGAUAUCAGGAAGCUAUGGAUGAUGACCUUCAAGCGACAUUUAACUUAGCAGUCGAGAAUGGUAUCAAUCUGUUUGACACGGCUGAUUCUUAUGGGACUGGUAGGCUAAAUGGACACGAAAAGCUUCUCGGCAAAUUCCUCCAAGAGUUCAAAGGGCAAAGCCGAGUACGAGAUGACAUUGUGAUUGCUACAAAAUUUGCUCCAUAUCCAUGGCGCCUAACAUCUGGACAGUUCGUAAAAGCUUGCAAGGCAUCAUUGGACCGAAUGGAAAUUGAACAGAUUGGGAUAGGACAGUUGCACUGGUCAACAGCAAACUAUGCUCCUUUACAGGGGAUGGCUCUUUGGGAUGGUCUCGUUGCAAUGUAUGAGAAGGGUUUAGUUCGAGCUGUUGGUGUGAGCAAUUAUGGACCAAAACAACUUGUAAAGAUCCACAAAUACCUUAACUCGCGAGGUGUUCCCCUAUGCUCAUCUCAGGUGCAAUUUUCUUUGCUGAGUAUUGGGAGAGACCAGAUGGAGAUUAAGGAAAUUUGUGAUUCUUUAGAUAUCCGCUUGAUUUCAUAUAGUCCUCUGGGGAUUGGAAUGCUUACUGGGAAAUACACUCUGUCCAACCUUCCAAAUGGGCCACGAGGUUUGCUGUUCAGACAAAUUCUUCCUGGUUUGGAACCACUGCUGCGUUCACUAAGAGAAAUUGCGAAAAGGAGAGGCAAGACCAUACCUCAAGUUGCGAUAAAUUGGUGUAUCUGCAAGGGUACAGUGCCGAUACCCGGAGGGAAGACGGUGAAACAAGUGAAAGAGAAUCUAGGCGCCUUAGGUUGGCGUCUAAGUUCCGAUGAAUUGCUUCAAUUGGAAUAUGCUGCUCAAGAAUCUCCCAGCAAGAUGAUCCAAAAUGUCUUUCAGACACCAUGAAAGUUUUGUAUGCAUCUGUUGUUCAUGCCACUUCAACCUGAUUCCUCAAAAACCAAUUCGUCGCACAAAAAAGUCCACGGCCAUGUUGGUAGAACAAAGUCAAAGGAGGAUGUUAGAUAUCCUCGUCGCAUCAACUAUCAUAUCAGCAUAUUCAUUACCUAUCCUGAGAAGGAG